ACAACAAAUGCGAGCACACCAAUUCGAAUUUUUGUGAACGUGGCUGCAACGCAGCUGGAGCCGAAGGACAUGUGCAACAACGAAAUGCCGCUAUGCGUGUGCACAACAGCAGCAACACAGCUAUUGCAUUAGCCGUCCAUAACAGCAGCAACAGCAGCAGCAGCCUUGAUAGCGUUUACAGGACUCUAGCGACAGGUUACGGCUCCAGGGCAACUGAUUGGGCACACGAGCAUCGUGAUAAUAAUGAUGCAGCUACAAUUUCAACAGCAGCAGCGGUGUUAUAAAUAACGCAAGGACAUGGAUGGGCGCAACGAACGCGAGGACAACGGCAACAUCAGCUGCAUGUGUGACAAAAAUAAAUGCAGCCAUGCACAUCUGCAUACGCAAGUGGUGCUAAAAUUAAAAUACUUAUAGUCGUAUAUGUUACACACACACACACACGCACGCACGCACACACAGAUAUAUCAUAUUUAAUGCAAUUGCACUUGGAGUGCACGAACAAGUGACAGCUAAGUGAAUUUUUCAGAUAAUUGCCCGUGCGCCAAAAAGUAGGCAGCAAAAAACGUAGAAACGUAAAAACUAAAGCUAAGCGACGACGAGCGCGCAGACACACACACACACACACGACGGCCAAGACUUUGAUUAGGCAGCGCCUAAGGCUGUGUGUGUGUGUGGACGAGAGAGAGAGAGAGAGCGCGGAAGAGAGGGAGUGGAAGACAGAGGGCAGGCGGCCAAGGUGUCGAGUUUCAAGUGCUUCUGUGUGUGUUCGUAUGCGUGUGCCUGUGUUAGUUACUGCGCUUAACCUGAUUUACAAAAGUUUCGUCCUUUCUACGUAAACUACCAACACACUGACAGGCAGGCAGGCACACACACACACACAUGCACAUAUGGAUGACAGCGGCUGGAUUAGUCACAAUAGCAAUAAACCGUACAACCGCAAGAGAAGACGCCGCCAGCUGCCAGCCACGAGGAGGGAACGACGACUGUCUAUUGUGAAUGAAAUGCAUGUUCAUAGCCAAUAACCUCGCCUAAAUGAAGCAUGAAGAAACAAAAUGUGCGCACGAUAUCCCUGAUCGUGUGUACAUUUACCUAUCUACUAGUGGGUGCCGCCGUCUUUGAUGCCCUCGAAUCGGAGACGGAAAAGCGACGCUGGGAGGCGUUGCAAAGUGUCGAGGAUCGUAUAAUACGCAAAUAUAAUAUAUCACAGGAGGAUUUUAAAGUCAUGGAGACGGUGGUGCUCAAAUCAGAGCCACACAAGGCUGGCCAGCAAUGGAAGUUCACUGGCGCAUUCUAUUAUGCAACGACAGUGUUAACAACAAUUGGCUAUGGACACUCAACGCCAACGACCCGUGGCGGGAAGCUGUUCACCAUGUGCUAUGCAAUUGUUGGCAUACCCUUGGGUCUUGUUAUGUUUCAGAGCAUCGGAGAAAGAGUGAAUAGACUGAGCAGUUUUGUCAUCAAGGCGGUGCGAACAUCGCUGCGCUGCAAACGAACGAUUGCCUCAGAGGUGGACCUCAUAUGCGUUGUCACGACGCUCAGUUCACUGACGAUUGCAGGUGGUGCUGCGGCCUUUUCAAGAUUUGAGGGCUGGAGCUACUUUGAUUCAGUAUAUUACUGUUUUAUUACUUUAACCACAAUAGGCUUCGGCGAUAUGGUAGCUUUGCAGAAAGACAAUGCGCUAAAUCGAAAACCCGAAUAUGUAAUGUUCGCACUGAUAUUUAUACUAUUCGGACUGGCAAUUGUUGCCGCCUCACUGAAUCUGUUAGUACUAAGGUUUGUUACAAUGAAUACCGAGGAUGAGCGGCGCGACGAGGCCCAGGCCAUGCAGGCACUACAAGUGGCUGUCAAACUGGAGGGCGAUGUGAUAACAUCCAACGGUUCCAUAUUGAGCGGCUACGAAGGACACGACGGCCAAUCUCUGAACGGCACGAAUACAUCCUCGAUGUGCUCUUGCCGCUGCAUUUGCCUCAAUGGCAAUCGCCACAAAAGGCAAAAAAACGCGACCAGCGCAAACGUUGCAGAGCAUCAAUAUAAGCUGCGUCGUUCGCCCACGCACAUACGACACCUGCUGCCGGAGGUGGUGCCCAUGCAGGACCUCAACUAUGAUACGCAGAGCAUGCACACGAUUGGCGCGCUCAAUGGCAGCGGCAUCAUGACUGGCAGCCACAUGGGCAUGGGCAUGGGCAUGGGCAUGGGUCUGGAUGUAGUCGAUGAUACGGAAAAUCGUUCGCCACACAAACCGCCGCACAAAUUGCUCAAACGCAAUGUAUCACUUUUAUCAUUUCGCAUUUAGAGAACUAAGUUUGGAGCAACGAACGUGGCCCCGCCCCUCCAGCUGUGCCCCUCACGCAAAAGCCGAAAAACAAAAACGACUUAAAUAUAAUUAAAGUGAUAAACUUUCUCUGAUACAUUGUACUUAAACCUAACGGAAUUUGAAACU